AUGUACGGUGGAGAUGAAGUGUCAGCUAUCGUAGUUGACUUAGGCUCUCACACCUGUAAAGCUGGUUACGCCGGAGAAGAUGCCCCCAAAGCUGUUUUCCCCUCUGUUGUUGGGGCAAUUGAUGGAAUGGAUAUCGAUGAUGAUGGUGAUGCAAAUAUGAAUUCGAACACAGAGGAUGCAAAGAACAAUGCCGUGGAGUCUGAGAAAGAAAAAGGCAAAAGGAAGCUCUUUGUAGGAUCUCAAGCCUUGAAUUUUCGCCGAGAUCAAAUGGAGAUAAUUUCACCCAUAAAAGAUGGCAUUGUAGCUGAUUGGGAUAUGGUGGACAAUGUAUGGGAUCAUGCCUUUAGGAAUUGUCUGAAGAUUGAUCCCAAGGAGCACCCAAUGCUGCUAGCGGAGCCUCCUUUGAACACUCAGCAGCAAAGAGAAAAGGCUGCUGAGCUGAUGUUUGAGAAAUACAAAGUGCCUGCAUUAUUUAUGGCCAAGAAUCCUGUUCUCACAUCGUUUGCUUCAGGCCGUGCUACUUCUUUGGUUGUUGACUGUGGUGGAGGAUCCACGACUAUUUCACCGGUGCAUGAUGGUUAUGUCCUCCAAAAGGCUGUUGUAUCAUCUCCAAUUGGAGGAGAUUGUCUCACUGAUUGCCUUCUGAAAAGCUUGGAGAGCAAAGGGAUUAAGAUAAAACCUAGAUACUCUUUUAAGAGAAAGGAAAUACGACCAGGAGAAUUUCAGGUUCCAGAUAUAGACGUUUCUGGUACGACGGAAAGCUACAAACUCUUCUGUCAGAGGAUGAUAGUGAGUGAUGUAAAGGAUUCUAUUUGCCGAGUUCCAGACACUCCCUAUGAUGACAAGUCAUAUUCAAACAUUCCGAUGACUUCUUAUGAGCUUCCUGAUGGCCAGACGCUCGAAAUUGGUGCUGAUAGAUUCAAAGUUCCUGAUAUUAUGUUCAACCCUUCCAUUGUUCAGACGAUUCCUGGAAUGGAGAUUUACACAGAUAUGCUUCCUUCUGUCCGAGGAUUACCAAACAUGGUCAUAGAGAGCAUUAGCAAAUGUGAUGUGGAUAUUCGCAGAGAGAUGUAUAGUAGCAUACUGCUAGCUGGUGGAACAUCAUCAAUGCAACAGUUGAAAGAACGCCUCGAGAAGGACUUAGUAGAAGAGUCUCCUCAAUCAGCACGAGUGAAAGUGUUGGCGAGUGGUAACACAACAGAGAGAAGAUUCAGUGUAUGGAUAGGAGGGAGUAUAUUGGCAUCGUUAGGAUCAUUCCAGCAAAUGUGGUUCUCAAAGUCAGAGUAUGAAGAGCAUGGACCUUCUUACAUACAGAGGAAAUGCCCUUAA